AUGGUCCAAUUGCCUCCAUCGUCUCAAACGUCGGAGUCCAUGUCGUCCGGCACGACAGACUUCUUGUACACCCCCCUGAACCAGGAUGAGAUUCGAGUCCUGCUCCUCCUCCCUGGUGACCUUGACAGUCCUCUCCGGGCUCGGAUCUCACACCAGCAUUUCGAUCCGUCGGCCUCCCCUCUGGAGUAUGAAGCAAUGUCCUAUGUCUGGGGAGAGCUGGGCGAAACAGCCACUUUGCACAUCGUGGACGACGCUUCGAAUGAUAUCGGCACGAUCCAGAUCCGACAGAAUCUGGCGUCGGCUCUCAGACACAUUCGUCAUGAUACCAAUGAUCAACAGAGUCUCCAAGCCCGUAGUCUCUGGUGCGAUGCUGUAUGCAUCGAUCAGAGCAACCUCACUGAGCGGGCAGCUCAGGUGCAGCGUAUGGGCGCCAUCUACCGCCACGCUCAGAGGGUCAUCUUCUGGCUCAGCGCUGAAGAUGAAGACGUGCCUCGAGCGAUGAACAUCCUGAGAAAUUUCACUCCAGACUUUGACCAACAACUCCCUGAGGCCGACUGGCGGUCCUUGAUGACCCUCCUCGCCGACGCCUGGUUCAGGAGGUUGUGGAUCCGCCAGGAGAUCUGGCUAGCCAACAACUCGGCCCUCUUCCAGAGCGGCGACUGUGAGCUCAGCUGGGAUGAGUUCUGCAACGGCUUGAAGCACCUUCGAAGCUACACCGUGGGCCACCAACCUGCCCUGGACGAAGAGUCACAAGGCUACUUUCGAGAGAUCCUGGAAACAGCCUGCGAUGUCGCCCUCUCCAAGCCCAGAGUUAACUCUUUCCUGUACAUGCUCGUCAUGACGCGGCAUUGCGAGUGCGAGGAUGAGCGAGACAGGGUGUAUGGUCUCCUCGGCCUACAGGAUUUGCUUCAAAUCGAGCCAGACUACUCCAAAACAAAGAGUGCCAGGGAUGUUUACUUUGACUAUACGGAGAACUAUCUGAGGACAGUCUCGAUAGCCAACAUCCUCUCGAUGUGUGAGAUGGUUGAUAACCCGAGCUGGGUUCCCGACCUCACGGUCCCGGUGCCUUCGCUUGGUGUCUACGGCAUCGGCUCAGCCAGCAGCAACACCAAGACAGUGUACAGCAUCUCAGCUGAUCGGACGCUGACAAUCACGGGGACGCACGUUGGAACUAUCACUCGAAAGACGUCUCCGAUGCCCCCUCGACCCAGCCUGGAGGAUGUUCAGAGAACAUUUGCAUCCUGGGUAGCCGCUUCAUUCCCACAGGGUAUCCAAGCUUAUGAUGGCGCUGCGGUCGACGACAUGAUUGCCACAAUUGCGCGCGGCCAUCUCAAGGAGGACAUCGCCUUCGACGAUACCAGCUUGGAACUCUGGCAGCUUAAGGACGUCCUCCUCAGCGGUGUUCCGGGACACUCGCCACAACAGUCAUCAGACCUCGAAGCUGCCUCCCGGUCUCGCGCUCUCGACGUGUUCUCCAAGAGCAUGACAGGCACGCAACUCGUGAGAACAACAUUGGGCAAGUUCGCCCUCGGUACGGGCGCAGCUCGCGAGGGCGACGAGAUCUUCGUGAUUUUGGGGUGCAACAUGCCCAUAAUCAUGAGACCGGUUGGCAGUUCCAAGUACAGGAUUGUCGGGGCAUGUUUCAUGCACAGUCUCAUGCGCUUCGAAGGGCUUCUCGGUCCGCUGCCAGAGGGGUGGAGGAUGAUUUACAAGACCUUCAGCAGACCAGUGUUCAUCCACCCCAGCGGCAUGAUCACAAUCAAUGAUCCUCGUCUAGAAGAGCUGCCUGAUGGUUGGGAGCAGAAGUCGGAACAAACGGGGAGGCUGCUAUGGAGAUAUGGUGGGGAAGGCGAUUGGGAGUGGUUUGAUCCAAGGAUGGCUCCUGACCGACUCAGCGCUCGAGGGUUAAGGCUGGUAGACUUGACGAUUGUCUAA